AUGUUGUUAGCUAAUGUUGAAUUUGUACUAGCAACUGUAAUAAUAGUUGUGUACAGUCAUGACUGUAAGGACUAUGACCUGUCAGCCUCAGAUCAGUCGCUGGUAGAUAUGAUGAAGCAUUACCUUCAUACGUCAAGGAAAGAAACAUGUCCACAACAAAGCAAAACAUCCAAUACAGGAGUGACCUAUAUACGUUGGGGAAAGCCAAGCUGUCCAAAGGGAAUUGACAUAGUGUAUACAGGACAAGUCGGUGGAAAUCAAUAUUCGUAUAGAGGAGGUGGUGUCAACUAUUUAUGUCUCCCUAAUGAUCCAGAGAACGGACAUCAUCAAUCAUAUGACAAUGAUCAGGUACAUGGGGGUGAAUAUAAACUUGAUUCAAAAACUAAACCAUCAGGAUGGUCAGAAAGUAUGGGCGACAAGGAAAUACCAUGUGCUGUGUGUUAUCAGAAACGAAGAUCAGCUGUCAUGAUGAUUCCAGGUAGACAGACUUGCUAUAAAGGGUGGAACUCAGAAUAUAAUGGUUAUUUGAUGAGCGAUCAUAAAAGUCAUUUUAAAAAGGACUUUGCCUGUGUUGACAAACAUGCAGAACCAUUGGAUAAGAAGAAUGGAAGUGGAAAUGGAGCUUUAUUUUAUCCUCUUCGAACUAAAUGUGGAACUUUAAGAUGUCCUCCGUAUACCAAUGAAGCAGAUGUUCUUUGUGUCGUUUGUACAAAGUAAAACAAU